AUGGAAGGAGGAAUGGAGCGCCCGCAGUGCGGUUCUGGAGAAGCUGCCGAAGACUAUGAUCUGCCCAUUCAUAUCGUUGCACUUUCAUGUGGUUUCCCUGUGGCCGCGAAGAAGCUCCCGUCGAUGAAGAUUCCACCAAAAGCGUUCUUCUUCUGCAAACAUUUUGGAACUGGUGUCCUUAUUGCAACUGCUUGUGUUCAUUUGCUUCCGACCGCAUUCUUAUCGUUAAAUGACCCAUGUCUGCCCCCGUUGUUUACAGAGCAGUAUCCUGCUAUGCCCGGGGUUAUUAUGCUUGCCGCUUUGCUUUCUCUUUUUUGUAUUGAGUUGUGGAUGAAUACGAAAAUAGGGGGGCAUAGCCACGGUGGUGCGACGGGGCAAGAUAUCCUGCACGGUGGCCUUGGCCACGGCAGACAUCAUGGUGGUGGUGGUGGUGGUGGUGGCGGUGGCAGUAGGAGCAGUAUCAGUCAUAGCGAUCGUGGAGAAAUUUCGUGGCCGAAAGAAAAUCGUUAUAGGAACAAAUCGACGAAUGAUGAUUGGGACGACGACAAAACAUUGUAUAAGUCACGCGAGUUUACGUCGCCGACAGCUUUUGACCGUGCAUAUGCGGAUUCUCAAUCUGAGAUGCCUCCCUGGUUUAUCGCGUUUUAUGAACAGUAUAUCCGCGAGCGCGAGUGGACUCACAGUAUGCUCCAGGACCAGACAAUGCAAGAAUCCAAGCUGAAGAAAGUCGAAAAGGCUCCCGACUCGCCCGAUCUGGAGCCUGGUGUUGAUACCGCUAUCUACAAAAAGAUGUCUCUCAACAUUACCAUCCUCGAAGGCGGUAUCUUGUUCCAUUCAGUAUUCGUUGGCAUCACUGUUUCAAUCGAGUCAGAAGGUUUCAUUAUCCUGCUCAUUGCGAUUCUCUUCCACCAGGCCUUCGAGGGGCUCGGGCUGGGCUCCCGAAUCGCCCAGGUGCCAUAUCCAAAGAAAUCGCUUCGUCCUUGGAUUCUAGCCAUUGCAUUCGGCACCACUGCACCAAUUGGCCAAGCCAUUGGCCUUGUAGCUCGCACAAGCUAUGAUCCAGCGAGCGCGUUUGCCUUGAUCGUGGUUGGAGUUUUCAAUGCCAUAUCUUCCGGCCUCCUAAUUUAUGCAGCAACCGUGGAUCUUCUUGCGGAAGAUUUCUUGUCUCCAGAGGGUCUCAGCAUGAGCAAAAGACAGAAGCUUUCGGGAGUCUUGUUUAUUUUCAUGGGGGCUGCAUGCAUGUCAGUCGUGGGAGCAUUUGCCUAA